AUGGGUGUGAACGGCCUCUGGACGGUUGUGCAGCCCUGCGCGCGCCCGACGAACCUCGCGACCCUCAACCGAAAGCGCCUCGCUGUCGAUGCGUCCAUUUGGAUAUACCAGUUCCUCAAAGCGGUGCGUGACAAGGAGGGCAAUGCGCUGCGCAACUCCCAUGUCGUCGGUUUCUUCCGCCGCAUCUGCAAGCUCCUUUGGUUCGGCAUCAAACCCGUCUUCGUCUUCGACGGUGGCGCCCCGACCCUUAAGCGCCAGACGAUCCAGGGUCGCAAGCAACGCCGCGAGGGCCGCAGGGAAGAUGCCGUCCGCACUGCCGGGAAGCUGCUGGCUGUGCAAAUGCAGCGCAUCGCGGAAGAGGAAGAGGAGAGGAGGAAACGCGAUGCAGAUAGGGGUAUUCAGAGAGAACGAGAGGAGCCUCAGGAGGAGAUACCCGAUGCAGACAAGAUUGUGUACGUUGAUGAGGUCGGCAUGUCCCAGCAGGAGCGGCAGCAGACGAGGAAGUUCUUCAAGCAGGAUGCGUACCAUCUACCCGAGCUUGACGGCGACAUCGCGUCAAUGGCCAAGGCAGAAGACCCCAGAAUCAUGAGCAUCGAAGAGCUGGAGGAAUACGCGCGGCAAUUUCACAACGGAGAGGAUAUCAACCUUUACGAUUUUAGCAAGAUCGACUUUGAUGGCGAGUUCUUCCAGAGCCUGCCCGCCGCAGACCGAUACAACAUCCUCAACGCAGCCAGGUUAAGGAGUCGUCUCAGGAUGGGAUUGAGCAAAGAGCAACUGGACGAUAUGUUUCCGGAUCGCAUGGCGUUUUCGAGGUUUCAGAUUGAGAGAGUCCGCGAGCGGAACAACCUGACCCAGCGCCUCAUGAAGGAAGCCGGCAUGACCGGGCUUGACCUCACUUUGACAGGCGGUGGAAGAAUCGCCGGUGAGAAGGACAGGGAGUACAUCCUGGUAAAGAAUGACGGAGCAGAGGGCGGUUGGGCGCUGGGUGUCGUGAGCAAAGAAAAAGACCUAGGCGAGGCCCACAAGCCCAUUGACGUUGAUGCUCUGGACUUUCAAUUUCAGAAAAAGGAGAAGGUCGAGGAAUCUGACGAAGACGAUUUCGAAGACGUUCCUGUCGAGGGGCUAAACCGGCUGCCAAAGAUGUCAUCUAGCGCGGCCGCGCAGGCAUCUCGGGAAGCGGCUCUACGAAGACAGCAGCUGUACGGAAAUCGAGGAGAAGGCGAGGCCAAUGACCUUUUUGAAGAGGAAGAAGAAAGUCUCUUCGUAGGUGGCGAUGCUCCUGAAACACAAGAUCGAAGGAAGCCGCACGCUCAACGCGACGAGGCAAUGCACCCUGAAGAGGAGGACGAUAUCAACCGUGCCAUUGCCAUGUCCCUGCAGAAUCAGCACGGCAAGGAGGCGGAGGACUCUGAAGAGAACGAACAGUUUGAAGAUGUGGAAAUGGAAGCCCCAACAUGGAAGCAGAAGGCUGUCGAGGGACCCAAGCCAAUUGCCGCAAGGAGCGGCCGCAUGGUGGCUCACAUCGUCAACAACAGGUCUACUGCUGCCGUCCCAAAGAGACGCGCCAAUAGUGCCAGCAGCAGCGAUGAUGAGAUGGACUUGCAGGCAGCUCUGAAGGCGUCCCGGCAGAAUAAGAGAGCUCAGCCGAGACCGGCGGUGCCCAACGUCAAGAACCCCUUCGAUGGCCCAUUGCCGUUCCCUAAGCUCGCAUGGGGCCCUUCUCUCUUUUCAAUGAAGGCUCAGUCACAGAAGCCUGAAGAUACAGUGCCAGAGAAGCAGCUCGCGCGAAACGCACAGAAGCCGGCGCAGAAUAAUGAUGACGCCGAAUUCGGUGGCGGUUUCGUAGCGGAUGGUACUGAAGAGGAGCCAGUCGCCGACGAUGAGGAUGAAGGUGGGUUCGAGAGGGGCCCGUCAGAAGAUCGCCCUAAACCACUGCCCCCUUGGAUGGUGGACAACACGGAUAUCCGAGAGUCGAUAAAGCAGCAACGACAGGUGGAGAGCGAGAUCAACACGGAAGACCGGGAGGCGGCAAUAGAAGAGGAACGCCGAUUUGAGCGCCAGAGGCAAAACCAGCUCAUUGAAAUCCAGUCGUCCGAUGACGAAGGCAGCGAUAUUGAGAUACUUGAUGUGCCCCCGCCACCGAAGCAGGCUGUCACUCAAGAGGAAAUCGCUUUCGCUGACGAAGUCACAUCGACCGACGCUGCUUCAGCUGCACAAACCGAGUCUCUCAAGAAGAAAGACCCAGCGACUGCACCUUUAGAAAAGGCAGAUACUGCGUCUCGCAAGCCGUCACCGUCGCCCGAACCCGACUUCGAAGACGUCCGGUCUCAGGAUGCCAACGACGAUAUGGAAGUCACUGUCACGGAAGUGCCCGACUCUCCGGAACCAGAAUUGGAAGACAUCACAGUUGAUGCGGAGCAACAGGAGCCAGAGUCUUCAGGUCCAGUCGUGAAGGACGCCACGGUCGAUGCAGAACAGCCGGGCCCUGCCGAGGAAGAACACGAGCUCACCUUUGAAGAACUCAUGGACGGGCCCCAGUUGGACGAUCCCAACACGGCCGGCGACCCCGUACAGGACGCCGAGGCUGCCGGCUUCACCGAAAGCGACGACGAGUUCAGCGACCCGGAGGACGAGGAGCUGUUCGCCAACCUGGCUCAGGAAGCGGAAGAGCACGCCCGUUUUGCCAGCGAGCUGAACAACAAGUCGGAGCAUGAGAACAAGGAGGCGUAUGAGAGGGAACUCAAGGCCCUCCGCACGCAACAGAAGAAGGACCGCCGAGACGCCGACGAGGUCACGCAGGUCAUGGUUACCGAGUGUCAGGCCCUGCUCCGUCUCUUUGGCAUUCCCUACAUCACGGCGCCGAUGGAGGCCGAGGCGCAGUGCGCGGAGCUCGUGCGGAUGGGUCUGGUGGACGGCAUCGUCACCGACGACUCCGAUUGCUUUCUGUUUGGCGGCACGCGCAUCUACAAGAACAUGUUCAAUAGCAACAAGUUUGUUGAGUGCUACCUCGGCUCGGACCUCGAGAAGGAGCUCUCCCUGUCGCGCGAUCAGCUCAUCGCCAUCGCCCAGCUCCUGGGGUCGGAUUACACUGAGGGUCUGCCCGGCGUCGGUCCCGUCACGGCCGUAGAGAUCCUCUCUGAGUUUCCCGGCAAGGACGGUCUCGACAGGUUCAAGGAGUGGUGGCAGGACGUACAGAUGAACAACCGCCCCAAGGAGGCUGAUGCGGGGUCGCCGUUCCGACGCAAGUUCCGCAAGGCACAGGCCACGAAACUCUUUCUCCCGACGGGGUUCCCAAACCCGGCUGUCACGGACGCGUACCUCCGCCCGGAGGUCGACAGCAGCUCCGAGCACUUUCAGUGGGGCGUGCCGGACCUCGAGGGUCUACGGCAGUUUCUGAUGGCGACCAUUGGGUGGAGCAAGGAGCGCACCGACGAGGUGCUGGUCCCCGUUAUCCGGGACAUGAACAAGCGCGACAUGGAGGGCACACAGGCGAACAUCACGAGGUACUUUGAGGGGACUGUGGGUCUUGGUGCGAGAGACGCCUUUGCACCGAGGCAGAAGGGCACGACAAGCAAGAGAAUGGCGGACGCUGUGAGUAGGCUGAGGGCGAACGCCAAUGGCGAGCAGCCAGGUGUUGCGGAGCAGCAGGGUGCGUCGGCGCCAGCCAAGGUCACGGGGAAGAGAAAGACCAGGGCGAGGACUGCGGCGGCCGAGGAGGACGAGGAUGUGUUUGUUGAUGAUGCCGAGGAGGGGCGGCCGGAGCAGAGUGCCCGGGAAACGAAAGCCCGCCGGGGGAAGAAGGCCAAGGCAUCCGAGUAG